AGAAUGUUGGCGGCGGAGGCACCGUCAAUGGAGGGGCACUUGGCAGCUUCGACACCCCGUAGAAGAGGAAUGGAUUGUACACCAAAUAAGGCGAAGAAACUCAUACAAGCUCGUCUACCUUUCAAGCGCAUGAACUCGGAGCCAAAAGAACGUAAACCAUCACCGAAGCGUCCCUGUGCACACGUUAGCCCUGAACAAGGAGUCUCUGACAGGGAGAAUGACAAUGAGUCCUCUCCGCUCGUCAUACCCAGCAGGCCCCCCUUGGUGAACGGCCGUGGGCCCCUCGAUUGCUUCCUCAGCAAAAGGAGCACUUCUGCUUCAGGCGAGAUCAUAAUAGAUCUGACCGACGACAGCCCAUCUCCCGUCAAGCUUCAAAAUGUGUCCGUCACCCCCCGCCGUACAUUAAAAGAGAGACAAAGCGGGGACAAGAACAUGUCCCUCGUGAACUCUAGACGUGCUGAUCGUGAUUCUGACAAACACACGUCAGACUGCACAGAAAACCUGGCUAAUAAAGAGUGUGAGACGGAGGUGGUGGCGGCUUCAGAAGAUGAACUGGAGGAUGGGAUCUUGCCACUUGAUACAACGCAGGAGUCAGACAGCAGCGAGCACGAAGAGGAAAACGCCUCAGCAAAUGUGUCCAGCUUGGGGAACAAGUCAGCAUCAUCAAAUUUGUCAGGCUGUUUCUCUAACGAGAACUCUCCACAAAGGACUAAAAAAGACGAGCAAAAGCCUACCAACACACCUACUAAAGAGCCAACAACCACUCCUAAGAUACCUGCAGACAAAAAGAAGAUACGACGUUCAUUAAAGAGUCCCCAAGAGCAAGAAGAAAGACUUCGGCUCCGCCAGGAAAAGGAGCGACAAAAGGAAGAGGCCAAAGUGGCCAAAGAGAAAAAGCGAGAAGAGAGUCGUAAAUUAAAAGAGGAGCGUGAAAGGGAAAAGCAGGAGAAAAAAGAAAAAGGCAAAAGAGAGAAGCGUGAGAAAAAGGAAAAGGAGGAGCGGGAAAAGGCAGAGAAGCUAAAAGCAAAGGAGGAGCAGCGGAAAUCGAGACUGGAGGCCAAGCUUGAGGAGAAACGUAAGAAAGAAGAGGAAAAGCGGAUGAAAGAUGAAGAGAAGCGGGUGAAAGAAGAGAAAGAUCGCCUCAAAGCAGAGAAAGCAGAGAUCACAAGGUUUUUACAGAAACCCAAAAUCCAGCAGGCCCCAAAGACACUCGCAGUGGCUUGUGGGAAGUUUGCGCCUUUCGAGAUCAAAGACAACAUGUGCAUGGCGCCGUUGUGCCGGGUACAGUGCGAGGAGUCUGCCCUGGAAGAAUUGGACCGCUGUUUGUCUCAACCCAGUGAAAGUACGCGUUUACUGAAGGACUGGAUCAGCCAGAAGCCACGUUCCUAUGUUGCUACCAGACCCAGGGUGCAAAACGCAGAUAGUGAUUGUAUAGCCAUGACUGGGCCCAACCCAGAGGGUGUGCCCGACCGCAAACUGUACGGGCCUAUGAAGCUGCUCCUGUUUCGUGAAAAUCACCGCCCGGCUUACUGGGGCACUUGGAGAAAGAAAAGUUUGCACAUUUCACCGCGCUGUCCCCUUAGGAAAGACACUGACUUGUUGGACUACGAGGUGGACAGUGAUGAAGAAUGGGAGGAAGAGGAACCUGGGGAGUCCCUCUCGCACAGUGAAGGGGAGGAUGAAGAGGAGGGAGGCGAGGAUGACGACGACAACGAUGGCUUCUUUGUUCCGCAUGGUUAUCUUUCAGAUGACGAGGGGGCAUUAGAGGAAGUGGAUGGUGGUGACCUUGAAAAGCAGAAACUGCAACAGAGGCUAAAAGCCAGGGAGUGGGAAGAGCUAAUGUCUACUAAGAGUAAGAUGAAGCUGCUGCAACCGAUUGUGCGAGGUUGCCUCUGGGAGGGCGACGGGCCGGUCUCUGACCUUCUGCAUUCAUACGCUGCGUGCCUGAUAGAAGCUUUACCCAAAGCUGACCUUACUGCCAGCCCAGAAGAACAGACUGAAAAGUGUGCCAGAGAAAUGCAGUUGCUUGGUCAGCUGCUGCCGCUCUUGCACGGUAAUCUGAAUAGCAGCAAGGUGAUCAUCACAGAGUUUCAGGAAUUCUGUCGACUAAAAACAACCAACACCUCACCUCCUCUACUGUCCAGCCCAGAGAACUCGGCGGACAUUCCCACUCGAAUACAGCUGAAGCGUCUUAUCCAAAACAACGCAGUUUAUGAGAAGCGAGCCACUUAUCGACGCAGCUGCUGGUACGUACACGAGGGCGUCCUGUCACGCUUUGGCCUUGAGGCCCUCCCGGUGCCUGGCCAGUGGUCUUACUUGACCAGUGGUGCCCGGGAGGAGUCCCGCGAGGAGGCAGCCACAGGCUCUCAGGGCAAUUCCCCCACCACGCCGCAGACUCCCUCCGCCACUUCGGCGGCCUCCAAAAGAAAGAGCACUGGCAGCAUGUCCAUCACCAAAUUCAUGAAACGAUUUAGCGACCCAGAACAGGCGGAAGAAAUGGAGGUUGACGGUUUUCAAGCAGACACAGAGGACGAUGAUGAAGACUGCAUCAUUGUCUCCAUGCAAAGUGGCCCAUCCAGAAAGAAUUCCUCCGAGGGAAAUGAUGAGUUGGAAGUCACCCCGUCUGACACAGCUGCUCUCCCAGUGGCAACUGCUGCUCAAAACCUCGCCACAGCCUGA